AUGAAGAGAAUUGUCGAUCGACUCCCCCAAACAGAAUCAGAACGCCGAAUCGUUCGACACUUGGUUAUUCGCGACCCCAAUUGCGGGGUAAGAGACGAAUGGGUUACCCCAGAGAUGAAGUCUUGUCGUCACCUAGAGUCGGUAGUACUCUCUGGGGUGACAGAUACGUCUGACAAGACUAUCGUCCGUCUCGCACGUGAAAACUUCAACAUACAGGGUCUCGACCUUACAGGAUGCAAGUACGUCACUGACGUGAGCAUCAUGGAACUGGUCGCGAAAACACCUCCUCUGCAGUGGCUGCAACUCAGCGGGGUAGUACUCAUUGACGCUUCAGUCUCCGCAAUCGCCAAGACCUUCCCGAAGCUGGUGGAAUUGGAGCUCAACGACCAGCCGCUUAUGACAGCUGUGUCUGUUCGCGAUAUUUGGUCAUACUCCAGGAAACUUCGCACCUUGACGUUAGCGCGCUCUCCUCAAUUAACGGAUAGUGCGCUGCCCUCGCCAAUUAAAACUCUUACUCCCCCAGUUUCUGGGGAGAAGCCAUUACCCGCUCGUCCUCACACCUGGCUUGAUCAGCUUCCACCUCUCAUCCUACGUCAUACUGCGAUUGAUCUUCGUGUGUUGGACCUGAGUCAUUGUCCAAAGCUGACAGAUGUCGCAGUUGAAGGCAUCGUGACACAUGCUCCAUUGCUCCGAUCACUCGCACUGGCGGGGUGUCCCAACCUGACCGACAAGGCCGUAGAAAGCAUCUGCAAACUCGGACUUCAUCUCGGCAACCUCAAUCUGGCACAUUGUCCACGAAUCACUGACCACGCCGUCGUGUCUUUAGCACGAUCAUGCACCGAGCUUCGAUCUGUUGACUUGGCCUUCUGCCGCCAGUUAACUGAUAUGUCUGUAUUUGAAUUAGCGAGCCUAGAACACAUUCAUCGCCUUGUUCUGGUUCGCGUGCCAAAGUUGACCGACAAUGCUAUCUAUUUCCUCGCGGAUCAUGCUCCUUCAUUGGAGCGAUUGCACCUUUCAUACUGCGAUCGCAUCACGUUAAAGUCGCUACAUCAUCUCGUCCGAACUUGUAAGCGCCUUGUGCACCUUACUGCUACUGGCGUGCCUGGUGCAAGGCGCACCGGCGUCGGUCGGUUUUCUGACCCGCCGCCUGCGCCUUUGGACCCCGAUCAGAAGUCCGUUUUCCGGGUGUUUAGCGGUCCGAAUGUAGCAGCGCUGUGCAAGUUCCUUGACAAGGAGAAGUUGAGACGUGAACAGGCGGAGGCACAGAACAUUCCGUUUGUUCCUCGAUCGGAUGAUAGCAUGGAUCUGUAUUAG